CGGAUGUAGACACGAUUUCACCGGGUUGUCUAUAAAUAACCCUUUUCGUGUGGGUUUGUGACAUGUGUACCACCGUUUCUGAUGAGUACUUCGGGGACGUUGGGGCGGGGCAAUUUGACACAAAAUACGUUUUCACAGACCAAAGCCUUCACCACAGUUGCCUUACAGCACCACCUCCAGGCUCCCUAAACCCUGCACUCUGAAUCCCUGCUGUCACCAUGCAAGCCCGUAGGGUCACCGUUCACCGCAUCAGCAAGACAGUCACCUUGUACCUGAAUGACGCAGCCUCCCCUAAACCCUCCCAUGGCCCUCUGUCUGCCCUGAACGAUGCAGCCAGUACCUCUCCAUCCCUAGCCCUUACCUCUGCCCCAACCAAGCCCCUGCUGCUGAUGCUGCCCUGGUUGGGGUCGCGACCUCAGGCUGUGGCCAAGUACUGUGAGAUCUACUUCCGUACAGGCUUUGACGUGCUCAUAGUGGAGAGUGCGGUGAGUCAGUUUCUGUGGCCUCGCUGGGGCCUGGACUACGGGGCGAGGGUACUAGAUCUCCUGCAGAGUGACUGCUUUGUGUCACGCCCCCUGCUCGUGCACGCCUUCUCCAUAGGAGGGUACACCUUCACCCAGCUGUUGGUGCAUGUGUCCCGCGACACACAGAAGUACUACGGCUUCACUCAGAGGAUCAGAGGCCACAUCUAUGACAGCCUUGUGCUGGGCUCAUUGGAGAGGAUGGCUACAGGUCUAAGUAAGAUCCUGCUCCCCCGGCUGGAAAGCCAGGUGAAAUGGGCCAGUAUGCUCUACUUCAGAGCCUUCAAACACCACACAGUCGACUACUUCAACAACGGCAUUGAUGUCUUCUGGAAUAACCCUGUCACUGCACCCGCCCUCGUCUUCUUCUGCCAGAACGAUGCACUGUGCGACCCGGAGGGCAUGGAGGAGAUCAUCGCCUACUGGAGAAAACGAGGGAUGGAGGUGACAGACAGGAAAUGGGAGGAGUCAACACAUGCAGGCCACCUGAGACGACACCCCCAGGAGUACCUGUCUACCCUGGAGACCUUCCUAAAGACUCUCGGUAUGGUCCCUCUCAAGGCCAAGAUGUGACGCUAGGCAGGACCCACACAGCUGUGGUCCGGUCCAGAAACAAUCCCUAAACCUAUCCACUACCCCUUAGGCCCUCGGCAUGACCCCCAGCAAGGCCAAGUGACAACAGGGCACAGCUGUGGUCCAGUCCAGAUAUUGCCUCUAUCCCCUACCCUUUAAGCACUCAGGACCCCCUCAAGACCAGGAUGUGACUGCAGGACGUGACAGUUUGCACUUCACUUACCUACAAGUUCCACGUUUGAGUACUCUCGGUAUAGUGGGGACUUAUUGUAUACAGUUUUACAUUCUUGGAAAAACCGUAAAUUAACUCUUGUUUAGUAGACUUUUCGCAAAAGGAGUCAUUGUUUAGAUUUUUCGGAAUUGUACCAGAAAUGUCAUGUGAUAUAGCCUCUGCAUUACGUAGGUUACGUAGUGCUCUGAAUACCUCAACAUCACCAAUCUCUAAUAGUAUCCACUUCAUUUUCAAACGCUUUUAAACACUGAAGCCAAACUUCCUCCUCAUUAUCAUAGUUUGUAUGCUCGCCACUAGAGAUCCCUGCAUUAGCAUGUUUCUGUUAGCUGAUAAAUCCUGAGAUAAUACCCCAUGUUGCUGUCCUGCUAAUGUGCCUGGACCUUGAAGGCUAAACAUUUGAGGGGAAAAAAACAAUGUAUCCAAAUGAUUGUCCAAUCAGGCAGGCUAGAUGCAAUCAACUUGACAUUAAUAUGCAUUCAAAACACCAGGCUUUUGAGCAGUUAUUCAAAUGACAGGCUUUUCACUGCAGUCUACAUUUACAUUUACAUUUAAGUCAUUUAGCAGACGCUCUUAUCCAGAGCGACUUACAAAUUGGUCUACAGCCUAGACUAGAGUUUUGUACUCACUUGAAAACAAUAACAUUAUUCAUUACGUUGUUGUAGGCUACAUUUCCUGUCCCUAAAAGGCUGAAACUAUAGGGUAGCUUUUCAAGCUGGUACCAUGGGACUGGGAGGGAGCGCACUCAGCGCAGCCUCGGGAGCACAGUGUAGGCUACCUAUGAUUUUGUUAUCUGAUAAAAAAUAAAUAUUUUUUGUAAAUUUAUGGGAUAUAUUCACUGCAGUAUUGAUCUUAUGAAUUAUGGGCUAAUAUGCAUAUGCUCCUAAUUUAGACUAUAGUCUACAUCCCAAGCCUGUCUGUCUUUGUUCUGUUGCGCAAUUACGCACCAGGCCUCUCCGCUACCAUGCCUGUUCCUCUUAAAUCUUGUGGAGUCCCAGGAAAAGCAAGACUACAAAAGUUUGUUGGACACUUACAGUUGAAGUCAUAAGUUUACAUACACCUCAGCCAAAUGCAUUUAAACUCAGUUUUUCACAAUUCCUGACAUUUAAUCCUAGUAAAAAUUCCAUGUCUUGGGGGUCAGAUAGGA